UUUAUUCUACCGAUGAUAAUAGUACUUUAUCGAUUACUAUUGUAGAUAAUAAAUAUAAUCCUCAUAAUUUAUGGAAUGGUCGAUGGCGUUCAACUUGGGUAAUUUCACCUGAAUCAAAUGAAUUAAAAGGAACUAUUAAAGUGAAUGUUCAUUAUUUUGAAGAUGGUAAUGUCCAAUUGAAUGCUUCCAAGGAAGUUGAAAUUACAGCUUCACCGAAUUCUGAGGAACCAGCUGAUAAAGCUAAAGCUUACACUAAAUCAAUUACCAACGCUGAAAAUGAAUUUCAAAGUUCAUUAAACGAAUCUUAUAUUGAUUUAUCAGAAAAUACUUUCAAAGGACUGAGACGUGCACUUCCUUUGACGCGUCACAAACUCGAUUGGGAUAAGAUUUUGAAUUACAAAAUUGGUCAAGAACUUGCAAACAAAGCAACAUAA